AUGGAUAGAUUAUUAUCUCACAGUUUUUUGCUAAUUUCCAUUCUUUUGUUGUGUAAUUCCUUAUUGAGAUCAUUAGGAGCUGUCAGGUGCAAAGAUGGAGAAAGAGAAGCACUUCUCAAGUUUAAGGAAAAUCUUAAGGAUGAUUAUGAUCUUCUUUCAUCUUGGGGGCAAAGAAGAAGGAAGAAAGAGAUUGCUGUCAUUGGUUUGGAAUUGAGUGCCAAAACAGAUCUGGUCAAUGUUAUCGCGCUUGAUCUUACUCAUGAUUCCAUCUCAAGCAGUUCAAACUUCUCAAAUGCUUUAAGACCCUGGAUUUUGACAGGAAGUCUUCCAAAGGCAUGUUUCGGUAAUUUUACUGAAAUGAAGAAAGUUAGAGCCACAAUUGCAACCAUUUCUUAUUCCUACAUUAGCUCUCGUGGUCCAAGGGAAGGUGGUGAAAUUCCUAGAGAAAUCACUCGACUUCAUGUAUUGGUUUCCUUAAAUUUAUCGAGAAACAAUCUAAGCGGAGAGAUUCCUGCGAAGAUUGGUGACAUGAAAUCAUUAGAUGUUCUUGAUUUAUCGAGUAACCAUUUAUUUGGCCAAAUUCCUCAAAGCCUCGCCAUGAUGGAUCGGCUCGGUGUGCUGGACUUGUCGAAGAACAACUUGUGGGGUAAAAUUCCAACAAGCACUCAACUUCAAAGCCAUAAUGCAAGUGCAUACAUGGAUAAUCCUGGACUCUGUGGAGAUCCACUCCCUAGAAAGUGUCCAGGAGAAGAACAGUUCCCUUCCAAACCUACCAAAGAAGCUGUGGAUGAUCAAGAAGACGAAAACGAGUUUGUAAGCCGAGGAUUCUAUGUGAGUAUGGGAGUUGGAUAUGUUGUGGGAUUCUGGGGUGUUUGUGGAACAUUGCUCUUUAACAAAACAUGGAGAUUGGCAUAUUUCAAGGUGUUGAAUGAUUUGGCUGAUUGGAUUUAUGUAAUGGUAGCGGUGCGCAAGGCAAAGCUCCUGAGGACGUUUAAAAGCUUAUAG